UCCGGUUUUUGUUCAAAAGUCUUUCUUUGCUCCGAAGAGCAACACAAUCACGCAAGAGCGAGAAAUAGAUCAAAUAAACGCACAUUUGUGCAUUUUCCCUUCGUGAAGUCACUCAGUUUGACGAAGAGAAGCACAUUAAGGAGAUUCCUGUUGGGAGAACAUCAUGGCAGAGUGUGAUGCUGAAUGGGAGCUGUGUAAAGAAAACAUCCAGCCUUUGAGACAAGGCCGCUCCGUGUCGGCCCUGCACCAGGCUCUGUGUCAGCAGCAGGAGGGAAACCACACGGCCCUCAACCAGAAGAAGCAAGCGUUUGAGUCUGAGCUGCGGCUGUAUGAUGGAGACGAUCCUCUAGAUGUUUGGUCCCAAGUCAUGACGGAUCAACACAGAGAGGAUGAUGAUGAUGAUGAAGAUGAAGGACCCGCAGAGCCUCAGCGAGCAUCACUGUCUGAGCUCAAAGCCAAAGGGAAGAAAAAGGCUGUGGUUCCCAUCAACAGAGUGAACGCAUCGGUCGGAUAUGCUCGUGGGCUCCAGUUUAAGCAGCCGCUGGGCCCCAAACAGAACAGCCGGCUAAUGAUUUUUGAUGAGAAUAAAGCUCCUGAAACCGAGCUGCAGGAGCCCAAACUUGAGAUCUGGACCGCGCCACCUGCUGCCAGAGCCAAAGAGAACGAACAGAAGCCUGAGAAGUGGACCAACGUGAAGGUACGAGUGCUGGGAAGCAUGCUAAUGUUACUCCUUUAACCAGUUACCGGACCUGU